AUGAACGGUCUCACAACAGUAGUGCUGGUAUGGUGGUGGUGGUGGCGUCGGCGGGUGGUGUUGCAUGAGGAGGUGGAAGCGUUGGCUUUGGUGCUUCAUCAUGCAGGGAUGUCGUGGUCGGUGUCUCGCCCCUCGUAUUUGGUGGCAAGUUACGCUGCACCACUGUGGUCAGUGGUGCACCACCAAUGUCUGCAAGUUGAGGAUGUGGAGGGUGUGAAGGGUGAGCGGGGUGAGGUGAUGAUGGGGGUGGUGGUGGUGGAGGAGGAGGAGGGGCAGGAGGAAGGGGGAGAGGAGGAGGAGGAGGAGGAGGAAGGAGAGUGUUAA